AUGGUGUUCAAUUAUUGGUGGGGACAAAAGGAGGAAGCCCGUAAAAUUCACUGGACUAACUGGAAGCAUUUGUGCAAAUCUAAAUUGCGUGGAGGGAUGGGUUUUCGCUGCCUUAAUGAAUUUAAUACAGCUAUGUUGGCCAAACAAUGUUGGCGACUUGUGCAACAGCCUCACUCGUUGAUUGCAAGGGUGUUAAAAGCCAAGUAUUUUCCUCACACUUCGUUUCUUGAUGUGUUGCUUGGAAACAGCCCAUCCUUCACCUGGAGGAGUAUAGUCAGCUCUCGAAGCUUACUAAAUGCCGGACUACGAUGGCGAGUUGGGAAUGGUGCGAGCAUUUCGGUUAAGGAUGACAAAUGGGUUCCACGGCCUCACUUACUUGGUUACUUCUUCAAUAGGAAUUGA